CUGUAUAAAAAAAAUCUUUUUGUUUUCCGUCUUGAAAAUCUUGGGUUUAGCUCGAAAUUCCAGGGUUUUGCGUUUGUUUGGUUUAAGAAAAGUAGCGUGUAUCCAAUUUCAUUCGUCCCGCCACCAGCUGCCAUCGGAGUCGCCGCCGAUAGUGAUCUUUGACAGUGAUUUAUUAGGUUUGAAGGUGAAAGUGAAAAAUUGCAGAAGAUGUGGUAUCUAUGCGUCUUCUAUCACAGGUUACUGGACUACAGGAAACCUGAAGUUGAGUCUUUGGCAGAGCUUUUCAGCAAAGACCUAAACUUACAAUGCAAUGGUAGUCCUAUUAAUUCACUUGAAUGGAAGCUUCCAAGAGAUCACCAUCCCGACUCUCCUUUUCACUUCGUUAAUCUUCCUUCUGAACAAAUUGCUCGAAGUGUUGCAAACCGUAGUAUUCUUGUAAAAGGAAUCUUUGAACUCUGGGGAGAAGGAAGUAGCUUUGUGGAAUUAGAAGAGUCGAUUAAAAGUUAUCCAGAUGAGAAGAAGCUACCAUACCUGACAUCUGAUAGCACAUUCAAGAUUGCUGUUGAGACCUUUGGGAAGGUUAUCAGCUUUGAGGAGCAAAACGAGCGUAUUCGAUCACUAUCCUACAUUCCUUUCAAGGGCCGGGUCAACUUAAAAAAUCCUUAUCACAUGUUCUGGCUAAUAGAAACAGAUGAUUAUGAUUCUAAUAAUGGACUGCCACCCAUUGCGGGAAAAAGAAUCUUUUUUGGUCGAGAGAUUGGUGCUGCUGAUAGGAAGCUUUUGCCAACUUAUCAGUUAAAAAGUCGUACUUAUCUCGGGCCAACAGCCAUGGAUGCCGAAAUGGCGUUCCUGAUGGCUAACCAAGCACAGGCCAAAUCUGGAAGGCUUGUCUAUGACCCUUUUGUGGGCACAGGAAGCAUUCUAGUUGCAGCAGCUCAUUAUGGAGCAAUGACAAUGGGUGCAGAUAUUGACAUUCGAGUAGUACGUGAUGGUCGUGGUCCAGAUUGUAAUGUCUGGAGCAACUUCAAGCAGUAUGGAUUGCCAAUGCCUAUUGGUUUAUUAAGGGCAGACAACAACCUUCCUCCUUGGCGUUCGGGGUUGAAAGAGGUUUUUGAUGCCAUUAUAUGUGACCCUCCCUAUGGAGUCCGUGCUGGAGGACGUAAAUCUGGUGGCAGGAAGCUUUUGAAAGGAGUGAUUGGUCCAUAUACAGUUCCUGAUGACAAAAGGACAGGCCACAUACCAUCAACUGCUCCUUACAGCUUAGUGGAAUGCGUGCAUGAUUUGGUCGACCUUGCUGCUAAGAUGCUUGUGAUGGGUGGCCGGCUUGUGUACUUCUAUCCUGUAUUACGAGAGGAUGAGUCAAUUGACACCACCUUUCCAGAGCACCCUUGUUUUAAGUUGGUUGCUACCUCAGAGCAGAUGCUGAGCUAUAGGUACAGUCGGGUACUAUUAACCAUGGUCAAAAUUGGACCAUAUACUGACGAAAUUGCAUUAGCAGCAAGGAUCAAACAUUCGGAGUUCAAGGAAAACCAUCUGAAGUGGUUGGAAGAAGGUAAUCUUCAUUCAGCAGUUUUUAGUCCUUCUGACAAUCAUCUUAAUGAGGCAGGUGAUACGAAGUUUACUAAAGAAUCAAAGGCAAGGUAUAGAGGAAAAUAUGUCUAGACCAAAACUGCCAACCAAAUUUCAUUGGGCAAUGUACCUUCAAUAUGCUCGAGGUAUAUGCAUUAUGCAUCUAAGCAAUUCUGAUGAGAACUCUACCACACCCUACAUUUUAGGAAAGCUCUUUAGUGCUUUUAUUUUACAAAUGCUUAGAAAUACUUCGCUACUAUUUAUUAGUCUCUCUGCUAGAAGAUUGUAUUUCAGCUGGGAUUGAUUCAUAAGUUGUUGAUACACAUGACAUGUGGGAUUGAUUCAUAAGUUGUUGAUACACAUUACAUGUGUUCGACUA